AUGACUGUGAAGGGGACUAUAUCAAGGAUAAACGAGGCCGUCAAAGUAAAAGGGGAGGGUGUGGAGCAGAUUACGUAUCUCAGGAAUAAAGACAUCAUACCUAUGGGGCCAGAAAGAAGGAUUUGGGGUCAGUUCUCUUAUAUGUUCUAUUGGUCAAUCACUAAUGUAACAAUAAGUACUUGGUCAGGUGCUUCUUCUUUGUUGUCGAACGGUCUAUCAGUCGGCGAAACUAUGGGAAUCAUUAUCAUAGGAAAUGUCAUAAUCGCAACUCUAGCUCUUCUCAAUGCGGCACCCGGUGGGUAUUACCAUAUAGGGUACACUAUCUCUCAGCGUGUUGUGUUUGGUAUAAGGGGCUCUACUAUUGGAAUAGUUAUUCGGAUUAUAUUAUCUAUUGUUUGGUUUGGGUCACAGGCAUACUUGGGGUCACUUUGUUUGAGCUGUAUCUUUUCUAGUUGGAGUAGUAAUUAUCUUAACAUGAAAAACACCAUUCCUGAAUCUGUCAACAUGACGACCAGAGACCUAGUUGGCUUUGUUAUAUUUCAAGUUAUUUCAAUUCCUUUAUUAUUUUUGAAACCAGAGAAGAUAAACAAGUUAUUGAUGGUGACGUGCUGUGCGACAUUCUUUGCCAUGAUGGGCAUUACAAUUUGGGCAGUUACUAAUAAUGGUGGAAGUAAUGGUCCAUUAAUGACAACAUCCUCACAAAUGAGUUCAUCUGCAAGGGGUUGGUACUGGGUUUAUGGUAUCAGUUCUUGGUAUGGCUCUCUAUCUUCCGGUGUUGCAAAUCAGUCAGACUUCACUAGGUUCUCAAGGAAAACAUGGUCAUCUUUCUGGGGAACUAUAUUUUCGUUGAUAGUGAUUGGAACUAUUAUACCGCUAAUGGGAUUGGUUACAGCUUCUGCAAUGAAAGAAACUUACAAGGAAGAAUUUUGGUUGCCAAAUUCUAUAAUCAUUCAGUGGCUAGAAACAAACUAUAGCCCAAAGGCGAGAGCAGCUGCCUUUUUCUGCGGCGUUUCUUUCACUUUGUCACAAUUGUGCUUCAACACAAUGGGAAAUGGAUAUGCUGGGGGGAUGGAUAUGGCAGGAAUCUUGCCGAAAUAUAUAACAAUAAAAAGGGGUGCUGUAUUGACAGCCUUGUUAUCUUGGGUUGUACAACCUUGGGAUUUUUAUAAUACUUCUUCCACAUUUGUGACAGUAAUGUCUUCUUUUUCAGUAUUCAUGUCACCGAUUGUUGCAAUCAUAACUUCGGACUUCUGGGUGAUUAGGCGAAAGAAGCUUAAAUUGUCACAUUUGUAUGUGGAUGACGCUAAUGGAAACUAUUGGUACUCGGCCGGUUGGAAUUACAGGUCAUUGAUUAUCUGGGGUAUUUCAUUUGCACCUGGCCUUCCGGGGUUGAUGAAUGGAGCGAACCCUUCAAUUAAAAUAAACUCCGGAAUUCGUAAUUUUUACUACGGUAAUUGUCUAUUUGAGUUUUCAAUUGCCUUUUUCUUGAAUUGCCUUAGUGCUUAUAUCUGGCCAUACAAGAAUGUGGAAGAUGUCGAUAAUAUUGAUUAUUUUGAUUCUUUCACAGAAGAAGAAUGUAAACAGAGAGAUAUGAUAACUUAUCAGCAAUGGAAAGGAACUACAAAUAUUGAUAAUGUUCAUAUUCCAGAAGAAGGUCUCUUAAAAGAGUUGAAAGAUGCUUCAAUCAUUUCAGCUGACGAUUUGAGUAGCUGA